CUUCGUCACGUGAUUCAGGAGUCCUUUAGCUGCUGGUAGAGCAACCACCACUAGGAAGACAAUAUUAUAUCGGCGCUGUGAUUUUCAGCGCGGACAAUUUUGCAGUAGCAAUCUCCGUUUGGUUUAUCUUAAUGUCCAUAAGAUAGGUGGUUGUUGCUACGAAGAGGUUGUUUGGCUUAAAAUCUGGUCAAUUUACCUGUGCGUUAUUGCCUGCUAGCCGAUUCUCGUUUUGUCUGCUAGCACUGAGCGAUCUGAAACCAACAUGAUGCGGUUUACUUUUGUAUUGUCCGCACUUUUCAUUGGACUUUUGGCUGCUGUUCUGCACCAGAGUGUAGCCGCUGAUGCCAACACUGCCGGCACUCCAGCAUGGGGUAGCUACAAUGUUACCAACAGCAAUGGAUCCAUCUGUCUGAUGGCCGUCAUGGGCCUGCAGCUCAACGUCUCCUACCACUCGGCCUCCGAUAAUAAGACUGUGGCAUCAGUGAUCAACCUUCAGCCCAACACGACCUCCGCGUCCGGCGACUGUGAAACGGAGACCGCCACCCUGAUUCUUUCCAGUGAUUGGGCCGACGGGCAGAAGACAAACUUGACUUUCGUCUUCUCCUUGAACACUACUUCAAAGAAAUACCACUUGAGUGGUGUGAAUUUGUCGGCUGUGUUGCUCGACAUGAAGGAUCCCCCCUUGUUGGUCGGUAACCCCACCCUGAACUACCUGCCAGGGACCCUGGACCACUCGUACAUGUGUCGCGACCAGCAGACGCUGACCGUGACCCAAGGCUUCUCCAUCCACACUUACCAGCUGCAUGUGCAGCCCUUUGGCUACAACCGAGAGUUCGGACCAGCUGAGGAGUGUCAGCUGGACAUGGAUGACAUGCUGAUCCCCAUCAUAGUGGGAGCUGCCUUGGCCGGCCUGGUCCUCAUCGUCCUUGUGGCCUACCUGAUCGGCAGGAAGAGGAGCCACGCUGGUUACCAGACCAUCUAAGACAGCCGGCUCUAUCGCUUUCCUCAACUUGACCACUAUUUUACCCAUAUUCAUGCCCCGUUCGCAUGCACAUGCAGACCACACAAGUGUUCGUUUUUACACACACACACACACACAGACACGUGCGCACAUACAUGCAACACAGUAGAACCCGCUACUUUAAAUACCUCUUAUUGUUCUACCUGGCACUCUACUUUCUGGACGGGAGUUAUUUUUUCCAACCCAGUUUUUGGCUACUUUUCUUUUGGUACUUUUUACAUUUGCAAAUGUCAUGAGUAAUUUUGGGUUUUAUUAAGGUUGUGCUUUCUUAACUGAAGUGCUCUUAUGCGUCAGUUAGGACUUUGAGAGAUCGUGGAGGAAGGGAGAAUAGGAAUCUUCCCUGCAUAGAGACAUAGUUCGGUGUCACAAAUAUGACAGAGUUGGUUGGGUCCACUUAAUUUAAAGCGUUAAAUCUUCCACAGCCUUCUCUUGCCUUCCAAUGCAGCGUUUAGGUUUUCGAAUCGUGUAAUAUUUAUUGAUUCUUGGAAAAAACGGAUUCUGAGGGGAAUGCUUUGGGAGCUGUUGUAGUUUCAAUGUAAAGGGAAUGUAAUGGAUUGGCAGCUUAACUCAACCCUCUUUUUAAAAGAAAGGUGUCCAGUUCUACUCUGGACAACCCGUACGCAUGUUUAGCUUUACUUUCCCGCAGAAACUCCUUGAUGGAGCUGCUGGAGAAGAAAAAAGCCCCCCCCCCCCCAUAAAUAACAUCAUGAUGAUGUGACUUAAGUUGGUUUUUGUUGCUGUGCCAUGCUCUGGCCUGAGCCUCAGCCAUACCCCAUUAUCUACUGUGUGUGGAUUCUAUAACUACAUUAUUAGUGAUUCGGUUGGAGUCUUCCAUGUUGAAAGGUCAAAUGGCAAUUAGGUGAAUUAUGCACAUAACAUCGGAUGUCAUUGUGGCGUCCCUCAACGACAUACUGUCGUCGUGGAAGUUGACCGAUUUUGUGAUGGCGGAAUUGAAUGGAUUCUCAGGAUUGCUUGGUAACGUAGUGACUGUUACCAAGAGGUUCUGACGUGUUAUAUGGAGGAUGUUUCUCUCGGUCGGAGCCCGGACGUUCGGUACCAGGGAAGACCUACAUAGUUUGUCCAUGUUGCAUAUGGCAAAGGGAAAUGCACCAAGGACAUCCAGUGGUGAACUUGUCUUUAAAAGAAGAAAAAAGGCCAAAACAUAAU